UCAUAAGUUUUUUUUCUAUAAACUUGACAUAGAUUGCAGAACUAACCUUUUGACCUUUUAAGCAACAGGUAUAGGUUUCAACAGGAUAUCUAAAAUGGCCGAAAACGUCGGGGCGAGCGGCUCAAACGACGAUGAUGGUUUCAGGGAGCAAGAUCGGUUACUUCCGAUUGCUAACGUCGGCCGGAUAAUGAAGCAAAUGCUACCUCCGAAUGCAAAGAUCUCAAAGGAAGCCAAAGAAACUAUGCAAGAAUGUGUUUCGGAGUUCAUUAGCUUCGUCACAAGUGAAGCUUCCGAUAAGUGCAGAAAGGAAAGGCGAAAGACUAUUAAUGGAGAAGAUAUUUGUUGGGCCUUGGCUACUCUCGGUUUCGACGAUUAUGCAGCGCCAUUGAGAAGAUACUUGAACAAGUACAGAGAGGUAGAAGGAGAUAACAAAGCAGCAAAUCAAGACAAGGUUAAUAACGACAGUGAUGAAGGCAGGCAUGAUUGGAAGCAGUAG